AUGGCACCUAGAUCGAGGAAACGGCGUCGAAGUUUCAAUGAGGAUCGUCGCGGGGGAUGUCCAUUUACCGUGACUACCAUCACCGAGCAGCGCUCAAACCGAGCAUCUAAGAAGUCGAAACAAGACGACGCCAACAUGGAAGAAAGCCAACGGACCCAGCUCUGGCCCUUCAAUCCCGAAGGAAAAUUCAAUUCGAUGCAAAGUAUGAGCCUACCUUACAUCGUAGAGCCACGGAAGCGGUGGCGAGCGAUGACGCCAUAUCACAACUUUAUUCUAAACGGGCGUAAAUACUCAACGCACGAUUUCGUAUACGUCGCCAACGAUGAUUCGAUCGAGGCCCAGAAGAUAGCAAGUAGAGAGGAAGACGGAGGGUCAUUGCCACGGUUAACCAAGUAUUGGGUGGCUAAAAUCCUGGAGAUCAGGGCCGCUGACGAACACCAUGUGUAUGCCCGGAUCUAUUGGAUGUAUUCUCCUGACGAAUUGCCCCCUAAUACUCGAUAUGGUGAGGAGAGCAUUGAAGUAUGCUGUGGGCAUCAGAAAGGUGGAGCGGAGAUUUUGGGAAAAGCAACGGAGAAUGAAUUGGCGCACGAUAAUCAGUACUUUGUUGACCGCUUACUCGGAAAAUGGCGUCACAGGGGCAAAGUCUGGUUCUACUUGAGGUGGAAUGAUGGAAGUUACGGAUUCGAGGAGGAAGUGGACAUUAACGAAGACCUUCGAAAGGAUUUCGAAACAAAAGCCUUCACGGGAUUUCACGAAGGCGCUCAUGUAAAGCGUGUAAGAGUACGGAAUGGCAAGACAAGCUACUUGACAGGGUUUCUAGGAUGCAUGGAGGAGUGGGAACUUCCAGUGCAGGCCCUCCAUCCGGACUUAGUUGCCAGACAUAAGCCAACUAAGAGGGGCAAAGGUAAAUCGAAGAGGGGUGGAAGGAGGUCCAGAUAG